AUACCCCUAACAGCUCUGGGCUGUGAACUCAGGAAAGAAGAGAUGAAGAAGAUUAUCUCUAAAGUUGAUGAAGAUGGGUCAGGGAAGAUAAACUUUGAGUCGUUUCUGCAGGUGAUGACUCAGAAAAUGGCGGAACCAUAUUCGAAAGAGGAGAUCCUGAGAGGUUUCAGGCUAUUUGAUCAUGAUGGCACUGGCAAGAUCUCCUUCGAGAAACUCAAGCUGGUGGCUGUUGAGGUUGGGGAGGACAUCACGGAUGAGGAGCUGCAGGAAAUGAUUGAUGAAGCAGAUUUGGAUGGAGAUGGGCAAGUGAAUAAGCAGGAGUUCCUGCGGAUCCUGAUGCUGACUGACCCAUAACUACAUGAUUAUUUUUCUUCUCCUGUUCCAUUGUAAACAAUAGGUAGCAACGUCACUUUUCUCCAACUUCCUUAGCUUUUGUGAGUUUUACUCUGUUGCCUUUUCUAGGCGUGGAAACACACCAAGAUAUUGUUAAUGUUUUAUCUGUGGAGUCGAUUUUUGUGCUCUGCUAUUGCAAGCAGUUUUCAACAUCCCAGUAAACAAUGUUGUUACUAGUUCUAUGUCUGUGUGGGUUGGUUCUAAGUUUGAAAUUGGUUCAAAUUCUCCAGCUAGUGCCUGGAGUUCUCCUUCUUGUAAUUACAGCCUGUUGCUUUUCAGCCUAUCCAAUAAAUUAGUCAAAAUGCUCUUUACUCUCAGAAUACGCUGUAUAACUCUCAGAAGUUAGUACUGAUGUCAGAAACUUCUGUACCUUUCCUGAACUCCUGCAUCUGUGCAAAAGAUAGAGUUCAAGGAAUUGGAUGCAGGGCUUUUGUAAGGUAAGGUAAUGUAUGUCCUAGGCUUUGGAUCCCUCUUCAGAAAAAGCCAUAUGGGAAAAAAUUCUGCAGCUCUGAGGCCAGGAGAUGUAAUGAGGUCUACUAUUUGUUUGUGCUUCCUGCCUAAUAAAAUGCAAAUUCAAGUUGAAUGUUGUUCUGAGGUUGGGAUACUCGCGACAGUUCUCUGAGAGGGAUUCUCUAAGGACCAAGAGACCAGUCAGCAGGCCUUUCAUGAUGGUAACUGUUUUCCCUACUCUCCCUGGCAGCUGCUCUCCCACACUUGGCUGACGCUUUAUAUCUUGGAAGCUUUUACACCUUUGGAAACUUUAUGGAAGACAGCCAAUGGGUUGAGAACGAUUGGUAGGGGGAUCAGUGAAAAAAAGUACCACAGAAAAAAAGUGAUUGGAUAAGCUCCAUUUUCGUAAGAAACCUGAGUAAAAUGGUGGUUUACACGAUUCUGGGCUAUUCUGUCCCUCCCAGAAACGUUGGUGCCCCUCUUUGCAGCACCGCUGCAGCAUGUGGAUAAAUUCCUUCCCACUCUGGUCCUCAGUGGAGUCUUGAAGGGUCCUGCCAUGUUGAUGAGAGUAAAAAUGUGCCAGUGUUUUGAAAAGGAUUUAAAAGCCUGAAGAAUUUGCUUACAAGAGUGACAGAUGAUAGUUGCGGGCUUAGAAAAAAGAUGUCUUACACUGAAAGAACUGAACAGCUCAGUCUGUAAAAGAAUUAUAUAAUGCUACUUGAAUAAUAAUAACCUGUAUAAUGAGAACAUACCAGCUGCCAUCUAAAGGGCUCUUCAACCUAAUGGAGACAAACCUGUCAGUAUCCAGGUGCUGGAGGUAUACUCUUCAACUACAAGAGAGAAAUAAAACAUGGCUUAUUCUAAA